UUCAGACAUUGACGAAUGUUCACAAGCAAACAUGUGUCACGCUGACGCAACAUGUACUAAUACACCAGGAUCAUACCUAUGUACUUGCAACACUGGUUACACAGGCAAUGGAACGUAUUGCGUAGGUAAGUAAAGAACAAUAAAAUAAGUGAAUGAAAAUAUUAAACGGGAAAUGGGAAAAAUAAAUGAGAAAACUUAGAUUGCAGUCGACGAGGUAUGAGCAAGAUUACAUUAAUAUACAAAAUUCUCAACGACUUUGGUGCACCAAAUUUGAAAGAGUUGUUGAUGAGAAGGCAUUGCUUAGAAACUAAUUGUGACUCCGAAAUUCUCACAUUGAUCUGGCCCUUCCUAAAUCGAGACGCAAGUUUCUUGAAAAAGCUUUAAGUAGGCUACACUGGUGGUAAACUUUGGAAUAGUCUUCCGCCCGCAGCUAAGGAAGCGCAAUCAAUUUACUCUUUCAAAAACUUUGUAAAUUAAUUUCAUGGUUAGAUAGAAACAACUAUAGUUCUUAAUAUACGGCCGUAUCACACCAAUUUAAUUGAAUAUUUUUUAAAAUGUCUUGUAAAAAGCUAUAAAUCUUUGUAACUAACUUUUACUUGUGCUAGUGACACCCCUUGUGGAAAUGAACUAUGGCUCUUGACAAGGCUAGCAUCAUAAUAUAAAGCUUUACGUGAUACAUACAUACGUACACACAUAAUGUUGUAAUAACUAAAUAUACAAGUAACUAUAACCAAGAGUGUGGGUUGGCGGGUACCUUACGGCUUGGUUAAGCCUGCUUCUAUAGGUCAAGGGCAGAUUUUCGACGAGCCAGGGGCGCGUAGCGCCUUUUUUGGGGGAGCCUAGGACGAGUGUUGUAAUUCCGCUCGACAAUUUAAAUUCCUGUAGUUAAGCUUUUAUUUUAUAUCUAUGUUGCUGUUUUUUAGUAUAUCUUGCGAAUUUCAAUUUCGUAAAAUAGUUUACACAUGUAAAAAUCAUCUUUUCGAUUUCGAACUCUCUGUAACCGAUUUGGGCAAAGGUUACUGCCACAAGGAAAUAUCAAUUCCUAAAUUACUAAUGAUUUAGCCCUUUCCUAAUUAGUUGAUAUAUUUGAAUAUGUUGGGGGAAAAGUUUAUUUUUUUUCUUCAUUAUUUUCUCAGAGACGCUUAACCCACAAAUAUGUUGGGGCAUUUUCCGUUUGGCAGUGAGGAAAGUCCUCUUAAUUUCUGAUCAUGCUUAUUGUUUUGGAAAAUCGAAUUCAUUCUUCUUUUUCAGACAUUGACGAAUGUUCACAAGCAAACAUGUGUCACGCUGACGCAACAUGUACUAAUACACCAGGAUCAUACCUAUGUACUUGCAACACUGGUUACACAGGCAUUGGAACGUAUUGCGUAGGUCAGUAAAGAACAAUAAAAUAAGUGAAUGAAAAUAUUAAACGGGAAGUGGGCAAAAUAAAUGAGAAAACUUAGAUUGCAGACCACGAGGUAUGAGGAAGAUUACAUUAUAUACAAAAUUCUCAACGACUUUGGUGCACCAAAUUUGAAAGAGUUGUUGAUGAGAAGGAAUUCUUUAGAAACUAAUUGUGACUCAGAAAUUCUCACACUGAUCUGGCCCUUCCUAAACCGAGACGCAAGUUUCUUGAAAAAGCUUUAAGUACAGUGGUGGCAAACUUUGGAAUAGUCUUCCGGCCACAGCUAAGGAGGCGCAAUCAAUUUACUCGUUCAAAAACUUUGUAAAUUAAUUUCAUGGUUAUAGAUUAUAGAAAGAACUGUAAAUCUUAAUAUACCACCAAAUCACACCAAUUUAUUUCAAUAUUUUUAAAAUCUCUUGUAAAAAGCUAUAUAUCUUUGUAAGUAACUUUUACUUGUGCUAGUGACACCCCUUGUGGAAAUGAACUAUUGAUCUUGACAAGGCUAGCGUCAUGAUAUAAAGCUUUACAUACAUACAUACAUACGCACAUUCAUACGCACAUACACACAUAAUGUUGCAAUAACUACACAUAGGCCUACAAGUAACUAUAACCAAGAGUUUCGGUUGGCGAGCACAUUACGUCUUGGUUAAGCUUGCUUCCAUAGGUCAAGGGCAGAUAUUCGACGAGCCAUUGGGCGCAAAGCGCCUUUUUAGGGGGUGCCUAGGAUGAGUGUAGUAAUUUCCGCUCAACAAUUUACACUCCUGCACUUAAGCUUUUAUUUUAUAUCUAUGUUGCUGUUUUUCAGUAUAUCUUGCGAAUUUUAAUUUCGUAAAAUAGUUUACACAUGUAAAAAAAAUUUUUUCGAUUUUUUACUCUCUGUAACUGAUUUGGACAAAGGUUACUGCCACAUGGUAAUAUCAAUUCCUAAAUUACUAAUGAUUUAGCCCUUUCCUAACUACUUGAUAUAUUUGAAUAUGUUGGGGUAAAGUUCAUUGGUUUUUUUAUAAUUUUCUCCGAGACGCUUAACCCAGAAAUAUGUUGGGGAAUUUUCCGUUUGGCAGUGAGGAAAGUCCUCUUAAUUUCUGAUCAUGCUUAUUGUUUUGGAAAAUUGAAUUCAUUCUUCUUUUUCAGACAUUGACGAAUGUUCACAAGCAAACAUGUGUCACGCUGACUCAACAUGUACUAAUACACCAGGAUCAUACCUAUGCAGUUGCAACACUGGUUACACAGGCAAUGGAACCUAUUGCGUAGGUCAGUAAAGAACAAUAAAAUAAAUGAAUGAAAAUAUUAAACGGGAAGUGGGAAAAUUAAAUGGGAAAACUUAGAUUCCAGGCGACGAGGUAUGAGCAAGGUUACAUUAUUAUAUAAAAUUGUCAACGACUUUCGUGCGCCAAAUUUGAAAGAGUUAUUGAUGAGAAGGAAUUCUUUAGAAACUAAUUGUGUCUCAGAAAUUCUCACACUGAUCUGGCCCUUCCUAAGCCGAGACGCAAGUUUCUUGAAAAAGCUUUAAGUACAGUUUGGAAUAGUCUUCCGCCCGCAGCUAAGGAAGCGCAAUCAAUUUACUCUUUCAAACACUUUGUAAAUUAAUUUCAUGGUUAGAUAGAAACAACUAUAGUUCUUAAUAUACGACCGAAUCACACCAAUUUAAUUGAAUAUUUUUUAAAAUCUCUUGUAAAAAGCUAUAUAUCUUUGUAACUAACUUUUACUUGUGGUAUCGACACCCCUUGUGGAAAUGAACUGUUGCUCUUGACAAGGCUAGCGUCAUUAUAUAAAGCUUUACAUACAUACAUAUACAUACGCACAUACACACAUAAUGUUGUAAUAAUUACACAUCCAAGUAACUAUAACCAAGAGUGUCGGUUGGCGAGCACCUUACGGCUUGGUUAAGCCUGCUUCUAUAGGUCAAGGGCAUAUUUUCGACGAGCCAGGGGCGCGAAGCGCCUUUUUAGGGGGAGCCUGGGACGAGUGUAGUAAUUCCGCACGACAAUUUACAUUCGUGUACUUAAGCUUUUAUUUUAUAUCUACGUUGCUGUUUUUCAGUAUGUCUUGCGUAUUUCAAUUUCGUGAACUCUUUUUAGAGAUGGAAAAAACAUCUUUUCGAUUUCUUACCCUCUGUAACCGAUUUGGACAAAGGUUACUGCCAACAAGGCAAUAUCAAUUCCUAAAUUACUAAUGAUUUAGCCCUUUCCUAAUUACUGUACUUAAGAACAUAGCUAAGUACAAAGUCGUGCUCCAUUAUGUGAUUGACGGUUUUCGACGUUAUUCCCAUUGCGCGAGUAGAAGCCCGUGGGAGAAAAAAAGUUUUUUCUAUUUUGCCAAUUUUUUUGCAAAUUUUAAUUUCGUAAAAGAGUAUGCCAAAGUUCAAAACUGAUAAUUUUUUAUGUUGCUUAUCAUGUUUUAAGUGUUGGAAAAAUUUAAUCAAAUUAUUUUUCUUUUUCAGACAUCGACGAAUGUUCACAAGCAAACAUGUGUCACGCCGACGCAACAUGUACUAAUACACCAGGAUCAUACCUAUGCACUUGCAACACUGGUUACACAGGCAAUGGAACGUAUUGCGUAGGUCAGUACAAGAAUGAGAGUUAGCGCGCCGCUUAUAUGGCUUGGCUAAGAUUGCUGCUGUAGGCGAAUGAGGGGAACAUGUCGUCGCUGACGAAAUUUAUCGCGGACGCUUUGUUUUCUGACUUCAAUAAUUUUGAAGGCAACAAGAAAACAGAUUUCGCUAAAUUGUGUCUGGUAGUGCAGUAGACGAAAAAUAAAUGCAAAGUAGCAGAUGUAAACGUUAAUAAACGUUAACGACGAAGACCACAAUUACUUGGCGCAAUCGAGAAGUGAGCAGUCAAGAAUUCAUCGUUGAAACAUGGCCGAAAAUGUUUCUUUUGAUGGUAAAUAAUUUCGAGCUGGAAUGUAAUAUUGAUCGAAUAUUAGUUGAAAUUUGCAGUUGCUACAUGCAUUAGUCUUCAUGAAAAAAGUAUAAAUAUUCUGUUAUUGAGUGAUACUGUGCCCUAACGAUCGCAAUGUUUUUUCCUUAAUUUAUAUAUAUAUAUAUAUAUAUAUAUAUAUAUAUAUAUAUAUAUAUAUAUAUAUAUAUAUAUAUAUAUAUAUAUAUAUAUAUAUAAUGUUUCGCUCGCUACUCUGGUUUAAAUAAAUGAUUACAAAGCCCAGUCGAAUUGUAAUCAAGACCCAACAUUUCGACACUCCAGUCUAGUGUCUUCAGGGGUGAUCUAAAACUGCGAUCGUGGCUUCUUAAAUACCCAUAAGGGAUGAUGUCACCUGCUAAGGAGAUGCAUAUAUUCCUCUGGCAAAUAGGCGCCGUCAUCCCUAUUCAAAGCAUGAUGACUUAUAUUUAUAUGCCACGCUUCUAGGCAAAGUCUUUGACCAUAGCGAUUGUUUGUGGUAAUUACUUUAGAGUUUUCCCACGCAAUCUCGUGUUUGGUGUAACAUACAUGUUCGGCUAAAGCUGAUUUUCCCUUGUCUAAAGUUGAAACAGCCUUUUGGUGUUCUUUUAGCCGUGUGCCAAACUAGCGUUUAGACUGACCCAAAUACUCUUUGUCGCAGUCAAAACCCUAUUUGACUUUAGGCCAUAUUUUCGCAAAGCCAAAAGAUCCUGUUGAAAAAAAAUCAGAAGACUCAUGCUAUAUAUUCUAUACCAUGCGGUGACUGCGACAAAGAGUAUUUGGGUCAGUCUAAACGCCAGUGUGGUACACGGUUAAAAGAACAUCAAAAGGCUGUUUCAACUUUAGACAAGGGAAAAUCAGCUUUAGCCGAACAUGUAUGUUACACCAAACACGAGAUUGCGUGGGAAAACUCUAAAGUAAUUACCACAAACAAUCGCUAUGGUCAAAGACUUUGCCCAUAUAUAUAUAUAUAUAUUGGCCUAUAUAUAGGUUGUACCAACAAAAUGUUAUAAAAGGUCCGAACUUGUGUAAAAAUUGUGGGAAUAGAAGAAAUGAUAGUAUUACCGCAACAGUGUUUUGUCAGUUAAUCCAAUUUUUGUUGUAAUUUGUGGCACCAAACAUCCCCAGCAAAAUUGUUUUUCGAAGAGAGUUUUCGAUUUAAAAUCUCCCAUGUUAGUUCAAAGGAAAUAUCGGGAGAGUUACGAAAUUGGGUGUGUAUGGCUGGAAAAUGUUAGCGUGGCUCUAACUCAACUCUCCGAAAUCCGAUUCAGCUCUCCUUAUAAAAAUUCCCUUUUUGUCACACCCGACUAAAUUUACAGAUCUUACACUAGCAGAGAAAAAUUGACGUUACCCGCUAUCGCGUGAAGCACGAGCUUGACCGCUUUUUUGCUACAAGCGAAAAUGAAUUUCUAUAUAUAUAUUACUAAUGAUUUAGGCCUUAAUUCACUCACUGCUUAAUAUAUUUGAAUAUGUUGUGGUAAGUCACUUUCCCCCUUUCAUUCUCCCAGAGACGGCUUAAUCUACAAGGAUGUCGGGACAUCUUCAGUUAACAAAGUCCGCUUAAUUUCUUCUUUUUUCUCUCAUGCUUUAUGUUUUGAAAAUUUAAUGAAAUCAUUGUUCUGUUUCAGACAUCAACGAAUGUUCACAAGCAAACAUGUGUCACGCUGAAGCAACAUGUACUAAUACACCAGGAACAUACGUAUGUACUUGCAACACUGGCUACACAGGCGAUGGAACGAAUUGCGCAGGUCAGUACAGACCCAUAAAAUAAUGUUUUAAUAGAGCGUUUGCACAUGACGUCACAGCUGCCCUGUUGGUGUUCCAAUUCAAAAGAAAUUUAAUUAGACUCUUUCGUCUGGAACACCAACAUGGCCGCCAUGGCUUUUGAUGCGUUGGUCACUGCGCAAUGAGUGCAGACGCUCUAUAAUGCUGGAGAAGAUUUGAGCUUGAGUCCCCAGAUCAUUCUGGUGCUCGUUUGGAUAGUCCGCAAAAAAGGCCCUGACUUGACCUGGUCAUGUGACAGUCUGAAAAUAACCUCUAUUUUUGUAAUAUCAAUGCUUGUAAAAUUUCAAACAGUUUUAGAGAGAUAUUCAAGAUUUUCUCCAAUGUACUGUAAAUAAGGAGGAAUAAUUUACUCCAUGAAUCUGAGCGGUUUAAAAAUGAGCUAAUUUUGCUAUAUUAUAUAUAUUAGCAAAAAUAGCUCAUUUUCAAACCGCGAUAACUCUUCGGUUUUAUGAAGUAAAUUUAUGUUUUAAAGUAUCACUAUAAAGAGUAAACAUUUCUGAAUUCACAGAUGUGAUUUUAUUUUCGUUUCCUUGUAAAAAAGUAUAAUUUACUCACUUGAAUAUUUCAUUGCCACUUUUAAGGUCAUGCAUGUUCAAUUACUCGAAACAUGCGUAAAUACAAUGGGAAUUUAACAUAAGUAAAAUGCGAUAUUUUUACAAAUUUAUUCCAAAAUUCUUUUCACAGUAAAAAUCGUAAUAUAUUUCAACAGUUUUUAAUCGAUAAUGAGUCGCAUGGAGGCGCUUGUUGCAUUUCGGGAAGACCCUGAUUUCGAUUUCUUACAAUCUGUAAAUGACUUGCCCGAAGGUGGCCGCAACAAGCAAAAAUGAAUUUCUAAUGAAUUAGCCCUUCAUUCACUGCUUAAUAUAUUUGAAUAUAUACUGAAUAUGGUACUCGUUUGGAUAGUCCGCAAAAAAGGCCCUGCCUUCAGCUGGUCAUGUGACAGUCUGAAAAUAACCUUUAGUUUCGUAAUAUCAUUACUUGCAGAAUUCCAAACUGAACAAAAAAAGUUAUUAAAACAUGCCUUUGCGAAAACGAGGUCUGCACAGCAAAAAUCGCAAUAUAUUUCAACAGUUUUUAGUCGAACGGGGCCUUGAGAAUAAAUAUCUUGAAUAUAAUAAUGAACCGCACUCAGGCGCGCGUUGCAUUUCGCGAAGACCCCAAAGCUCGAGAUGGAAUAAAAUAAUGCUUUCAGGAUUAUUAUAAUACCUUCAAAACAUCAGGAGUGGGACACGUAAUUGGCUAAUGUGCGUGCAUUAUAUCACCUUAACGUUCUGUCUCCGGUUUCUUGGCAAAAACAAUGUGAACAGAAUUAUAGAAUGAUGUUUAAAUCCAAAUUUAUUAGACACUAGUUGACCAAAAAUAAAGUGCAAAAGCAGCCAGCCAGAGGUAGCGGGACGGGAAAGGCAAAUCAAUUUUCACAGCUGUUUUUGAGACUGAAUUAAACAAGCCGAGAAAAACUUCAAAAAAUGCGGGAAUAAAAAAAAAGAAAAAGCUACCUAAACAGUAGACGAAUUAAAUUAAGAAUGUACCUUAGCUAAAUGACAUAUCUUUAGCGAAGCACGAAAAAUAUAAUCAUAAUUUCAGCAAGUGGAAACAAAGCAACUCAAGGAAAACUUCGGACUCCAAAUCCAGCUUGUAAAACGCAGCAAAACAAAAGCAAAUUCGUCUCCUUAUCAGGGUGGGUUAUUUUUGUCAUUUUCGAACAUUUUCCAUCCAGUUUAUUAAGAUUAAUUUAAAAGAUUUAUUAAUUUAUUAGUUUUUUCCAUUGCCCGCCUGAAAAUUCAAGCUUGUUGCCUAUGUGUGAUGAGUAUAAACAUGCAGGGAUAUGCAUCUUUCAAAUAAAAUUGCUUAGGGCCCUGUCACUGCACUAUUGCGUAUCGUACUAGCGUAUGCCAGCGUAUGAAAAAUAUCACUCAUACGCCGGUAUACGCUGACAUACGCUAGAGGUACGUUAGGCAUAGGUUGUAUACGUUUCAAGCACGGUUGCACACGGUGGCAUUCGCUGGCAUACGGAGACACAGAAAAUUUUUUUAAGCAUGUUCAAAAAUUUUGUGCGUAUUCGGACGUAUCCUUUAUACGAUAAGCAUACUCUAGGCACACGCCGAAUACGCUAGAGCUACGCCAGAUGUACGGUACUCAUACGCUCGCAUUUCAAAGGAUUUUUGUGCGUAUGAAAAUUAUUUCAUUAAUUUUCAUUCAGACGUUUCUCUCAUACGCAAUAAUGUGACAGGGCCUUAACUGAGUAAUAUUUUCCUUUUAUAUUAUAAAAGGAAUAUAUUUUAUAAAAACUCGUCUCAUGCGUUUAUAGCGCGAUAAUCAGUCAGGGAAUGUUGGGAUAAUACUCGAGAAUACACCAGGUCAAACGGGUGCGUAUCCGUGUCGUACCUUAACGUUUCAUGCAUGUAAUAUUUUGACCAGGGGUAUAGGUAUGUACUUGGGAAAUAUACCACUAUAACAUGUUUGAUAAUUUUUUGCACCAGAUGCUGGCACAGAGAUACCAAUAUUUAACCCAUCGGGAAAUCCGGCGACAGUUCCAAUUGAAGAAGCUGUCCCAUUUGAAGUUGUUAUUCGAAUUGAGGAAAUAUUCGUGUCCGAACUGCAGAACAAGCAAAGUCAGGCUUUCAGAAAUUUGAGAAAUAGAUUCCUCGAUUUCUUGCUUCCAGUAUACCAAAAUCAAAUUGGUUUUAUUGGCAUUAUCAUCAACUCAUUUUCCAAUGGAAGUAUUGUUGCAGAUAUUGACAUAUUAUACAAUUCGAGCGAACCAAUUCCGACUGCUGAGGAAGUUCAAUCACCAAUCGCUGAAGCACGAGAUAAUGGAUCGGCGAUAUUCAAUAUUUCAAGUUUACAAGUCCAGAGAGAGGGUAAGUCACACAGUACAAAUAACAUACAUAGAUAGAAAUAUAAAGCCCACAUUCUUUUAACGCUAUUAAACUGUUUUAUUAUAUGGCAAGCAUCACUUCCGGUGAAAUUGCGCACUGUGAUUGGCUGAGAAGCACUUUCAGCGCUCCAUUAUUUUCCCGUAAUGGACCGGCGGUUCAUUACGUAAAAACAAACCGGCUUGCAUUUUAAAACAAAACAGCAAAAUUAAUUGAAAAUUUGAAAAUUAUAAUUUCGUUUGUUAUUAAUAAGAUAUCUGCGAAUGAUUUUUAGUGGUAAAGAAGGAAUACAUUGGUAUUUUUUGUUCUCUUCGACCAAAUGUGUACCACGCUACUAAUAUGCAUUUCAAAUCAUGCAUUUCUUGUUUGUUUCAAGUAUAAAUGCCUAUAAAUAUCGGUAUGUACAGAGAAAUAUCGGACCUCGGUCUUUUUUUACAAACCUCGCCCUACUGGCUCGGUCUGUACAAAAAAAGACCUCGGUCCGAUAUUUCUCUGUACAGACCUCGCGUUCGGUUAAUAAGAAGUUAAUAGCAGCCAAGGAAGACCAACUGUUAUAUCAAUAAAUCAUAAAUUUAAAUCCUUCACAACAUAAAUAACAUGGAAACGGCUGAAAUGAGAGUUAUUACAAGAAGAGUUAUAUCCGAGAGUUAAGAUUUUCCUAACCCAAUUUCUUCACUAGCCGAUGUUUUCUUUCAACUAACAUGAGAGAGGUAAAAUGGGCCUUAUGUAGGUUUCCGUCCAAUUUCUAGGAAUUCUGGACGUUUUAUAUGUUGUUUAUAUCAUUAUCACGAGUGUUCACCAAUAAUUUUGGUAUUAUAAUCCACACUGCUGUUGUUAUGGUUUUGAAGAAUAUAUUAGAGUAUUAUAGUUCAAUAGCAAUCGGUUUACGUGUGAUGUUCCAUCCACAUCCCUCACCCCUUGCUUCACGCUCUAUUUUGCGUAUGAUGCCAAGAUUAUAAUAUUAACAGUUUUAAUCUUUGCAACGCCUGUGUAGUUCCUACCUAUAACUCUUCGAGUCCCUUUUUUUUUACAUGAAUUUUAACAAAAUUUUAAAUUUUGAUAUAAUUUAGGUUGUCCCAAUGCUCCAUGCUUGAAUGGUGGGAAUUGUUCCAGUAAUGGAACAUCAUUCUCUUGCUCAUGCCCAGUUAGAUUUACCGGUGACCAGUGCCAAAUCGAAGGUA